CUCCAGUCUUCUAUCACCUAUCCUUACCUCUUUCUCCUUGCCCGGGCCCUGGACCGAAUUUGGGUGCCUGUCUCUUCUGUCUUUCUCGGACCUUAUAUUUUCCCUGCAGAUUUUCCCCCGCCCGCUAGACCAGACCCGCGGGAGCUACCGUUGCCGCUCGAGCUUUCAUUGCGACUCCGUGACGUGAAAAGGAAAACGCGACUACUUUAAGACUCUAAUCAUAAUGGCUACGGAAGAGAACGAGAUCAAGGAUGAGCGCCUGGAGCACCAGGAAGAGACCGGUGACGAUGAGGAGGAGAUUGCCGCGAUGAAGAAACGGGUGGCCGAAAUGGAAUCCGAGGCUGCAAAGCUCCGCGAGAUGCAAGCCACGCUCGAUCAGCAGUCGGAGAACCUGCGCGAGGAUAAAGAGGAGAUUGACGCUCGGAGUAUCUUCGUCGGUAACGUGGACUACGGUGCCUCCCCCGAGGAAAUUCAGGCGCAUUUCCAAAGCUGCGGUUCGAUAAACCGGGUUACAAUCCUCCUCGACAAGUUUACCGGCCAGCCUAAGGGAUACGCUUAUGUGGAAUUCGCAGAACCCAGCUUGGUGGCUCAAGCACUGGUCCUGAACGAGAGUGUUUUCCGCGGCCGGAACUUGAAGGUCGUCCCUAAGCGUACCAACCUGCCCGGCAUGAGCCGCGGUCGCGGACGAGGUGGAUUCCGUGGUGGCCGGGGCUACCGCGGUGGUUUCACGCCCCGUGGAGGAUAUCGUGGUGGCUACCGUGGCCGGGGUCGCGGCUAUGCGCCCUACUAAGGGCAUCCAUUGCGAGGCGACGCGUGCAGAUGAAGUUCAGUGCCAGACUCGACAAAGAAGCGCGGCGACGACGACGACGACGCCGACGACGACGACGUCCGUUGCGGCCGCUGGUCGGGGUCUGAAGCGCACCAAUCUCUGAUCGAAGACCGAUUUCUCUGGAGUUCUGGACUGGAAUGUACUUUGUAUGAUAACCAUCCGGCAAUCUCGGACUGGGCCGAUGGCGGAGCACGGAAGUGAUUGUUUCUGUUGUGAUAAUCAUAAAGCCUACAGAGAAUCUUUUACGAUCAAGCAUCGGGGAGUCUAAAAGGACGGUCAUUUGGGACAGCGUCUUGAACCCGACAUAUUAAUGGAACUGCUCUGAUUGAUAUACGUAUGGUGUAUAGGAUUCUCGC